UUGUUCGCUCAGUGAGUCGCAAAGCCACAUCAGGGUUAUGGCAGAACGCAAUCGCUCGGCAUCACCAGCCCGAGAGCCUAAAGUAAAGAAGCAGAAAAUGGGUGGCUUCAAAUGGAAGGAGAAAAAACCGCGUGAGGAUAGCGACAGUCGAGAACCAGACUACCUAGAUCGAGGCUAUCGUAACCGAUCGCCAAAAAGAGACAACUACCGGGAGCACGAGCACAAGCGAGAGCGACGGGACGCAAACGAAGACGGGGAGAGGUCAGCUGAUCGCCCGUCACGACAGCGCGAAAGCGACAGCUAUCGCCCUCAAAGAACUAGCGACAGAGUCCGCGAUGAAGGGCCUCACGAUCGACCCAGCAGUGACAAGCGCGACCGACCGAAGGCUGCAGACAAGCCUAGCAAGCCACCCAAAUCAAAGGCGCCGCCUCCAUCCAAUGAACCGAUGAUUGUUGUGAAUGUUAAUGACCGCUUGGGUACCAAGGCUGCUAUACCUUGUCUGGCUUCCGACUCGGUAAAGGCGUUCAAGGCGAUGGUUGCGAUGCAUAUUGGAAGACAGCCCCAUGAGAUAAUGCUGAAGCGGCAGGGAGAGCGGCCGUUCAAGGAUCAAUUGACGUUGGAGGAUUAUGGAGUGAGUAAUGGGGUGCAGCUGGAUUUGGAGCUUGAUACCGGGGACUGAGCGUUGUUUGCUCACUCAUAUUGCGAGUCGAUACCCUCGGACGAAAUGUAGCGCACGUGUGUGUUCUGUGACAAUGCUGUCACAAGUCGUUGCAGCUCUCUAUGCACAACGUCUGACCCGUGCUGCUGCCUUCAAACCCCAGCCAUCUAUUCUCGCUAGCCUCGACUGUCCAACUUCAAUCACAUGAUUUUCAUCCCCACAGGCAUGUCACGGUGUAUCUGCAGCGCUUCCGUCGGAGCUGAUGCAUUGCGCUCCAAUGGCGAGCGAGAAGGUCCGGCAUUCGUCAAUCGUUAAACGCGCCCUGACGCCAUUACGGGAUUGAUGGGACGGCCCUAUUCUGUAUUGCGGGGUCUGCAAGCAAGAUCAGUGACUUCGAACGUUGCCGUCC